CUCAACUAUCGUCCGAGUGUUUACAGUCAUAUUAAGUACAACAGUGUCAUAUAUCUUCAAGCUACGGUGUCAAAUGGCUCAGCCGAUCACCAUUGCGGAGUUGCGGCAGGUCCUAAACGACUCCCUUGCACCAAUCAAGGCGGAUAUCCAGAAUGUCUCGCGCAAGGUUGACGUGCUCUCCGCUAAGCAGCAAAACUCCACGGCGACCCGGGAUACUGAGCUGGUGAAGGUGCCUCUCCCAGACUGCUCUCUUCCGGAAGGAGACUACCCGCAGAACAUCAUGGAGCUCAUGGUGGCGGGAAACGCGACGCUACCGGACGGUUCGAGGAACAAAUGGAACAGGCACAAAUCCCGCAAGCUGCUGCAACAGUACAACGAGGACAGCGGACAAGAGAGCGGCACCGACGACGAGCAGUCGGCGAGAUCGCGUGACAGGAGGCUAAGUAUCGCACGCUGCCUGGGCGUUUCCAACGUGCAGCUCAACUACGCCAAGCUGUCGCUGUAAACUGCCUUACAUACAAACGUUGUUUUUAAACAUCACCUCUUUUGGACCCUGCUGAGCCCUUCGCGCGACCGAUGGCCUCCAGCCACGGCUGUAUGUAAGACGCCGUAAACCCGUUAGUGUUAACGGUAUUACGGCAUCAGGACGUUUAGGCAUUUCAUGCCCAGCACGCGACCUGCCCUUAUUGGCGACCUCCCAGUACCUAGAAAGUGAGAGACAACGUUUAACGAAAGGACCGUCUGUUUGCCGUGUGCCACAAGCUGUCCCAGUCGCGAUGUUUGGUGAAGCAAUGUUAAGUAGUAUUUGGAGAGUGUCCCGUCUUAAAUUGUAUUAACGUGUAUACUAUUGCAGCUAAUAGCAUGCGCGUAAACAGAUUAGCAGGGCCGAACACACAAAUGCCUGCGAACCAUGGUACACUUGGGGCCUGGCUACAACUGCGCUUAUUAUGCAUAGUCCCUAUAUAGCUAUACUGCGGAACGUGUUUAUAAUUUAAACUAGCAUUACGCGUUAACUGUUCCCUGAACACUUUCACUUGUAAAGCCUUGACUGCUUUUGCUACGAGGGCUAUUAGGACAGUUUACCGCAUGCCAUAGUAUUGUCUAGUUUCAUCGUUAGCUUUAACGCCGAUGUCGACCAAUAGCGCCGUCAGGGUCCGGCAGCACCAACCCGGUGCAGAUAUAGCUUUAAUAGAGCGCGCACUUAAUAUCCACGAUGCCCCUAGUAGCACGGCUUUCGUUUGCAUUGGGGACGAAAUCAGCACCGAGGGCCAAGAAGGCUUCCUGCGUGGCCAUGGCACUCAAGUGGUGGAUGGCAAGCUCGUCGCAACCGUAUGCGGUGUCGUGGAGCGUGUUAACAAGCUUAUCUACGUUAAGACCUUGAAUAGCCGCUACAACGCAGAGCAGGGCGACGUUGUUGUAGGCCGAGUUGCGGAAGUAGCGGGCAAGGCAUGGCGCGUGGACCUGAAGUCCCGCCAGGAGGCAAAGCUACUCCUCUCUGCCGUGCACUUGCCCGGCGGCAUCCAGCGCCGUCGAAACGCAGAGGAUGAGCUCAACAUGCGCUCAUUCUUCCGCGAGGGCGAGCUCAUCAGCGCAGAGGUGCAAUCCGUGCACGCAGAUGGCAGCGUGGCACUGCACACCCGCAGCGCCAAGUACGGCAAACUUGUGCACGGACAGCUCGUGGAGGUACCCCCAAACCUCAUCAAACGCCAGAAGCAGCACUUCCACACGCUGGAGGCGCUGGGCGUCGAGCUCAUCAUUGGCUGCAACGGGCUAGUCUGGGUGGCGCCUCUGCGGCCCAGCCGCGCAGCCGGCACCUCCGACUCCACCACCGCAGCCUCCGACGGCGCCGGCGACGCAACCGAGGAGACCUCUGCGCCGCCGCCUCCGCCCAGCAGGGCCCAGCUGGAGGUGGUGUGCCGCAUGGCCAACUCCAUCCGCGUGCUGACGCGGCUGUACAUGCCGGUGUACCCCGCCUCCAUCAUGAGCACCUACGAGGCAGCGGUGGACGGCGGAGUGGCGCUGCGGGACAUGCUGGAGCCCGAGUUCCUGGAGCAGGUGGCGCUGCAGGAGGGGCAGCGCAGGAGCAGCGCCAUGCAGGACUGAGCGGGAGGCGGCAGGGGAGGAGGGAUGCGGGGGCGUGGCAGUGGUACGGCAUGAUGUGGACGAGCCGUAGGGCGGGCUGUAGGGUGGAGGGGCUACAGAGGAAUGGGGCAACUGGCGAGCAGGCUAAGGAGCCUUGCAGUGUUGCCAAGGAACAGGAAUGUUUGGGUCAUGGGUACCUGACUGGGAGCCGGCUUGAGGCGUCCGUUAUGGUAGCUUCACCGGGUUGAUUCUUUCGGUUUGCCCGUGGGGUUGUUGGUGCACGGCAGCUUCAGGAAAUUACACCUUGAGUUUGCACCUCCAACACGGCGGAAGGUGCAGGCGGGCGUCCAUGGCCGGCCUUGCAUGUGGCGCAUGGAGGAUGCAUCGGAGGGCUGUCCAUGCGUUAUGGGUGUACAGGGCGCAAGUUGAUGCGACCAGGCGCCCUUACAUUUAUGGGCGUUUAGGUACACCUUGGCGCGGACGCGACCCCAGAGGUCCGAGGAAAUUGCAGUGUGCAGGGAGGCGUGUCGAGCUGGGUGACCCAUGCCUCGGUCGCGUUGGGGUGCCUGCCAAACACAUGAACGCGGCCAACUUCACGAACAUUGAUGGUCACGCGGCAAGGAAUACCUGCAUACUGUAAAGAGUCAUGGAGAUUAAGCUUUCCGCCAGCUUCCGCCAUCUACAAUACGAUAUGUACGGCACGCAGACUAGUAGUUGUUAUGCAAGGGUGUGUACACAGCAUAUAUGCAAGGGUGUGUACACAGCAUAGAAACUGCAGCUUAACAGUGUAACAUUCAUUGCGUU